AUGGCGAAAGCACAUGGCCCACAGGAGACCAGCACACAGUCUGUGUACAUUACAGAUGAUACUUAUACCAAGAAACAGGUCCUGAGAAUGGAACACCUAGUUUUGAAAGUGCUUGCUUUUGACCUAGCUGCACCAACAAUAAAUCAGUUCCUUACCCAAUACUUUCUGCACCAGCCAUCUGCCAACUGCAAAGUUGAAAGUUUAGCAAUGUUUUUGGGAGAACUAAGUCUGAUAGAUGCUGACCCCUACCUAAAGUAUCUGCCAUCAGUUAUUGCUGCAGCAGCUUUUCAUUUAGCACUCUGCACAGUCACAGGACAGAGCUGGCCUGAAUCUUUAGUUCAAAAGACUGGAUAUACCUUGGAAAGUCUUAAGCCUUGUCUCAUGGACCUUCACCAGACCUACCUCAGAGCACCGCAGCAUGCACAACAGUCAAUAAGAGAAAAGUAUAAAUGUUCAAAGUAUCAUGGUGUUUCUCUCCUCAACCCGCCAGAGACACUAAAUGUGUAAUGGUGAAAGACUGCCUUUGUUUUCUAAGAUGUAAAUCACUCAAAGUAUAUGGUGUACAGUUUUUGUAAGAUUUUAAUUUUAUAAUCAUUUCUGAAUAGAGUUAUGGUCAAGUACAAAUUAUGGUAUCUAUUACUUUUUAAAUGGUUUUAAUUUGUAUAUCUUUUGUACAUGUAACUAUCUUAGAUAUUUGGCUAAUUUUAAGUGGUUUUGUUAAAGUAUUAAUGAUGCCAGCUGUCAGCACAGUAAGA